AUGAAUGGAGCCACGCUGGAAGCACGCAUGUUUCCCGUUUUCGACCAGAUCAUGCUUGCCCGCAACUCAGCGUCCAAGAUCAUGGACGAAGACGGCGAAGAGGCCUCUUGCGGAGCAACCAUCGCCGAACUGCACAUCGUGCGCGGUGUGGUGAAUUUCAACCCGGACGAGCAGAUCUCGCACGACGCGAAGAUUCAGCAUCUCGCCGCUUUUCGCGACGAGCAGAAGCGCUUGCGGGAGGAGGAGAAGCGGCAGGCGAAGAAGGACGGCGCCGACGACGACUUCAUCCGCGAGUUGACAAAGAAGAGCAGGUACAAGCCCGGCUCGCGCUUCCACCAGGAGCUGCUCGUCUCCACCUACCAGGCCGCAUCUGGGCUCGUCCACAUUCCCGCGGGCGUCUUCCAAUCGUACUACAAGGGCCCACUCGCCUUGCUCGACGCUUUGAAGGAGUCGGGUGGAGUCGCUCCCAAGUAUGCCACCGCCCCUCACGAUACGCCCGAAAAGAUGCUGUUGCAUCUGCUCGACGGCUCUCCAAUCUUCCGCCGCGCUCUCAAAAGGAUCGGCGAAAUUGUCAGGCAUGCGCAAGAAGGCGCUAAAGACAAGGUGAUGGUGAUGUGUCUGUCGCCCAAGACCGCACACAUCUUCUAUACCAUUGUUCCCUUCAUGGGCAUCGAAAGCGUGUGCUUGACCGCUCAGCAGUCCCAAGAUGAGCGCUCCGACAUCAUCUACAACUUCAACGAAGAGGACAAUGUGAAGGUGCUGGUGGCGACGUAUGGGUUGGAUCUGGCGGGCUUCAACUGCCACCACCGCUGUGCGCGCGUCAUUCUUCUAGAGCCGGCUGUCAAUGGAUCGCAGGAGGCGCAGGCUUACAUGCGCGUUCACCGCAUCGGCCAGAAGGAGAAGCAGGCUGUGAUGCGCUUCCACCAGGCGAACAGCUGGAUGGACAAGUGGGAUAAGAAGCUCACCCGCAAGCAGGAUCGCGACUGCGCGAUGAUGCUGCAAUACCUUCACAGCCGCGAGCUGCAGCAGUCCGGUGACAUUGGAAUCAAGAGCGCGAGUGCGUCGAUGGUGUCGGGGUAUAUGAGCUCACUUCUCGACGAUUCCGACGAGGAGACCGACUACGGAGAUGACCUGCCUGGGCUGCUUUCGGAGGGGAUUGCCGAGCUCGAGGAGGCCAGGGCACGAGGCACGAUUGUAGGUUGGAGAGCUGCCCAUCCCGUCACACAUCUCCAUCCCAUCUCCAGCCUCAUCUCCCUCACAUCAUCGCCUGUCGAGCAUCUCAAACGCUUCACGCAGCCCACUAGCAAGAGAAGCGAGUGCUCGAGAGGUGCCACACCGCGCCAGGAAUGGAGUGAAGAUUUGCAAGAUUGCUGUAUUGAUGUUCGGGUCGCGGUCGACCCCCUCGCACCAUCACCAGCUGCCGCCAUGUCGGACGGAGAAGACGUCGACCAGUCGAUGCGAGACGAAGCCGCCGACUUCGUCAAAAUGAUCGAAAACAGCGCAGCGAAUACUACGGAGUGGUGGAAGCGUGGAGAGGAGUUAAUGGAUUUAGAGGUCGCGCGAACGCGUAUUAACAUUCUCGUGCGUCGAAAUAGCAAGAAAGAUGCAGAGAUCGAGCGAUUGCAGGCAGAGAAUGACGAGUUGAAACGCGAAGUCGAGCGUUUGCGUGCCGGCGUUCCGCAAACGCCGCCCAACAGCCAGACGGCCGUCGUCCUGCCUACGGGCGUCAGACUGACCCUCGGCACCAAUGCCGAUGGCAGUGCCAUCGAGUGGGCACCCGCCGUCUCCAUCACACGCCGUCUCCAUCACACGCAGUCUCCAUCACACGCAGUCUCCAUCACACGCAGUCUCCAUCACACGCAGUCUCCAUCACACGCAGUCUCCGUCACACGCCAUCCUCUUCACGCGCCGCGUUAUCAUCACGCGCGCCGUCAUCAUCACUCACCGUUGUCUUCACGCGCCGUCUCCACCACAUAUGACACGCCUAGGCAGGACUUUCACUGGCGCUAUCCAGAGAGGACGAGACAGACUUAUCUGAUGAGUGAUGCCGUACGCAACGAUCGUAGGGCACGGGCCGCCUUCAACCAUACAGGGCACGACGGCGUUCAAGACCACACGCCGCCCAACAGCCAGACGGCUGUCGUCCUGCCUACGGGCGCCCGAUUCAUCACCGGGUUGAAUGGCGAUGGCAGUGCGAUCGAGUGGGCUCCCGCUGCCCUCCCUUCCACCCUUCGGCCCCUGGCGGAGAAAGCCCCCGUCGUCAUGACGGUGAAGGGGAAACAGAAGAAGCUGUUUGCGGCCAUCGCCCGUAAAGCCGAUUCGCCGGCGAAAUGCGUUUUCGUCGGUUCUCGAAACGCGACCAGCGCAUACCGGUCGAAAGUGUCGCCGCUCCUCUUCGCAUGCCAGAGCUGCGCAAAGAGGACAAGCGCAUGA